AUGAAAUCUUUUGUCACCUCGAGACAGUUCGACCUUGCUGAUCGUUUUCUUUCGCCUGAUUCCCCUAUCGAUCAUCCCAGCAUGGAUCUCUCGGAUGAUGCUAACGUGCAGGACUGUGCUCUCUACAUCCAUAUGCAGCGACGCGAAUUGAAGGAAGUGCAUCUUAGUUUGGAAGCCAGCUGGAGGGCAAACUUGCUGGAGGACAAACUUGCCGGUGGCCUGUUCAUUUGGAUCAAUACCGCCUUCCGUUACGUGGAGGCAUCGGCCGAGAGAAUGAUGGAUAGGCUCUAUACGGACAUCUUGGGAAAGUGUAACUGGGAUAAGGAGGACUUUGUGCAUGACUACCCAAUGUCUUGUUUCUGA